AAAGGUGAACCACAGAAAACACUGUUGGUCUUGCUGGAACCAAGACAUGGAAAAAGAACAAGAAUAUGAAAUGUCUCUGUUUGGUAAAGGCAAAUAUGUUGUUUCAUGUGAGAAUUCUCAACAUCCCUAUCAAGACAUUAAACAGACUGGAGCUGCACAAGGAGUGAACGUGUACAGGCUGAUCGCCAUCACCGUUGGACUCGUGUGUGUUAUUCAGGCAGCUCUAAACAUUUCUCUAGGCUUUGCUCUCUAUGUUAAAGUCAAUAACAAAACUCUAACUCAAGAGCUAAAUGAGCUGCUAGAUAGCUUUGGUGCCGGUUCUGCAUGUGGAUUGAAAAGCUCUCUUGAAGAAGGAAGAAAUUGGAACAUAACUAUCCAUGAGUUGAAGGCCAAAAACCAGAAUCUGACUGAAGAGAGAGAUGAACUGAAGAUGAAGCUUAUGGUCUUAAAGUCGGAGCACAGUGCAAUGACUGCAGCAAAUGAAGAGUUGAAGAGGCUCAACUUGGAGAUGAAGGACACCAAUAACAACCUGACUCAAGAGAAAAAUGACCUGAAGACACAGUUGAAGGAUUUAGCUUUACAGCAUACUUCCCUGACAGAAGAGCGAGACGGGCUUAAGACAAUAAACUCUGGCAUCAGUGCCACCAACAAGAAUCUGACAAAAGAAAAAGAAGGGUUGGAAAAGAAGCUGAAAGACGUUGAAUUGCAGCAUUCCUCCCUGAAAGAAGAAAACAACGAGUUAAAGAUGAGCAAUUUUAGAACUGAGGAUGAAGUGAAACAACUGACUGAAGAGAGAACAAAGCUCAACAUAAUCUUGAAUGAUGUUGAAGCAAAGUGUAAUAUCCUGACUGUGGAAAAGAAUGAACUACAGAGGAAGUUGAUUGACUCUGCUUCUCUGCAUAAUUCCUUGACUGUAAAAAGAGAUGAGUUAAAGAGGACAAUUGCAGGUUUGGAGAUGAAGUCAAAGGUCCUGAUGGAGGAAAGAGACACUCUAGAGAGGAAGCUGAACACCAGCGUUUUACAGGAAACUUCUCUGACUAAAGCGAAAGAUGAACUGAAGAAGACCAUCACCGUGAUGGAGGCUAGGUCCAAUAUUUUGACGGCUGAACGAGAUCAGAUGAAGGAGAGCCUCAAAACCUGCAUUUCACAGAAAAAUGCACUGAUCACAGAGAGAGACUCACUGAAGAGGACAAACUCUGCCACUGAGGAAAAAUCUAAAAGCCUUACAUCAGAGAACGAUAAUCUGACCAGGAGGUUGAAUUCAUGCAGUAGUCAACAAACCAGUUUGGGACGUGAAAAAGAUGAACUUCAGACAAAACUGGAUGUCUUUGAUCGCUAUCUAAAACAAAAUUGGAUCUAUUUUAGUGGAAGCUUUUAUUAUAUUUCUACAACCGAGAAAUCUUGGCAAGACAGUCGAAUUGACUGUUGGGGAAGAGGUGCAGAUUUGAUCAUCAUUGGCAGCAAAGAAGAAAAUGAAUUUGCAAGGAAGUUCCAAAAGAGGGUGUGGAUUGGUCUGAGUGACAGACAAAUUGAAGGCCGCUGGAUUUGGCUUGAUGGAAGUGCAUUGAGGAAAAGCUUUUGGUACCCAGGAGAACCCAACAAUGAUGGAGACAGAGAAGACUGUGCAGAAAUGAAGUUUUUUAACAAGGAAAACAGCUGGAAUGACGCCCCAUGCACAAAUAAAUAUUUCUGGAUAUGUGAAAAGAAAACUGGUGUUUGAACAAAAUGCUGCUGUGUGGUAAACAUGGGAGUAAAAAAUCUCAAGUACCUUCCAUUGAAAUACUGCAAUUAUACAUUUCCUUUAAAUUUAAAUAUGUCAGUGUGAUUUUAACACAUUUAAUUCCGGAAAUGAAUGAGCUUUGUAAAAUAUAAAAACGGCAGAACAAUUUUUCCUCAAGUUUUGAUUUAAAAGAAAGCCAAAAAAUAUCUCUGAUUUUGUGAUUACUACCAAUUAUGUACCUUUUCAGGCAAAUAAAGCAUAUUUAAAAUC